AGUACAGAAGUGAAAUUACUGCUGGAGUAUGCAUCGAUUUUGAAAAUCAAAUCUACAAGUCUUUAAACAAGGGAAACAAUGGGUGGUUGGCUCGUUGCAAUUAUUCUUCUAUUAUUGUGUCUACUGGUCAUCGGUUCUAUUCUCCUAGUCUGCAGAAUUAUUGGUCUUCGGCAGCUAAGCGCUUGGUUCGCUCCCAGCGAAGAGAAGACUAAUUUAACUGCAGGAACAACUAGUCAAGCUGAAACUAGAAUUGGUAUUUUAAGGGAUGAUCCUCCAGCUAGAGAAGAAGUUAAUAGUCCAAUUUCGGAUACACUUUCUGAAACUGAAUCCUAUACUGGUCAUUUACCAAGAGCUGCCUCUUUUGAGAGUGUAGCUUCGGAUUCUAGUGUCCUAGAUGUUGAUUUUCCUAGUAGAAUUGGACAAUUAGAGUUUGGAAUUGAAUUCGACAGAGAUUCUGGUGAAUUAGUCGUCAGCGUGAUACAAGCCAAGGAUCUGGAAAUGGAUCAGGUAACGAAAUCGCUCGAUUCUUUCGUUAAACUUUGGCUAACGCCUCCCAACGAAAGACCCAUGCAAACGAGAAUUUAUAAAGACAGUGUAAAUCCAAUUUGGAAGGAAAGAUUUAAAUUCGAUCUAGAAUAUCAGGAAAUAGAGAGGAAAAGUUUACAAUUACAAGUUUUCUCUUCCGAUAAAUACGCUAGGCAUAAACUACUAGGAGAAACUGAGUUAAGAUUAGGUGAUUUGGAUUUUAGAGCCCCUCUAAGAAUAUGGAUGAACUUGAGAGAUAUGGACGAGAAACCAACCGAAGUGGGAGAUGUUAUGCUGUCAUUGAGUUAUUUACCGACGGCUGAAAGAUUGACGGUCGUAAUUGUUAAGGCGAGGAAAUUGAAAUGGGCUUAUUCGAAGGCAAACGGCGACUGCUUCAUUAAAGUUUACUUGUUGCAAAAUGGCAAAAAAAUUAGUAAAAAGAAGACAACAAUUAAAAAGGAUGAAAAAACACCUAUUUUUAAUGAAGCCAUGAUAUUUUCAAUACCAGCAGCCCAUUUAGAGAAUGUACAACUUAGAAUAAGCGUCGUUGAACAACUCGGCGAGAAUAUCCUACCAAUAGGUCACGUUCUUAUAGGAUCACAGGUGUCUGGUACUGAGCUAACACAUUGGAAUCAAAUGAUGACUAGUCUUAGGAGGCCGGUGGCUAUGUGGCAUCAACUGAGAAAAUAAUUUAAAUAGGUCUAUAUUUUCCUAUUUAAAACAAACAAACAAACAAAAAAAGUAAGAAAAAGUACUAAAAAGUCCUUAAAGUAAAAAGAAGAAAAAGUUUUAUUUGUUGUAUAAAGAGAUAUAUUUAAUGGGCUUUUUUUUUCGUUCUUUUUUUAUUCCUAUUUUCCUAUCAUUUUUCUUUCUCCUAUCUCUUCCGAAAUUCGUAUAUAUAUAUAUAUAUAUACAAAUAUGUUAUUAUUAUCAUUAUUAUUAUAAAUUUUCCUGUAAAUGGCGCUGUAGAAAUCUUUUAAACAAAAAGAAAAAGCUAACAAAAAGAGCAAGAGAGUGCGCGGGAGGAAAGGAGGGGGAAGGGACAGAGAAAGAGAGAGAUGACAAAAACCAGAGAAAAACACUAUUGUCAUCCUUCUUUAUGUAGACGUUUUCUCAUUUUUUUUUGUUAAAGAAAAGACUAACUGAAAGAUAGACAAGCAAAAAGAGAGAAAGAGAAAAGGAAAGACAGUAAGGCAUAAAGAAGAGUAUACAGUAUACAUAAAUAUGCUUAUAUACUACACAUUGUGUAUACUGUAUUCAACAUAUUCUACACACAGAACAGGAUUGUAUAGAGUAUAUAUUGAAUAAUAAUGAAUUUUAAAAACAAGGUCAUAUUAGCUUCUAUCAAGUGUUCUUAUACGCUUUACACAUUGUCCACUAAAAAUAAGCCAGGUGCUUUUAACAGCUCACAACAAUAUUUUCAAACUUUCUCCCUUUUCCCUUUAUUUUUAAUUAUAUAAAUAACAAAAGUUUCCAUUGAAGCCUUAAACACUUUUAAUCGUAUUAAUUAAAUAUAUAUACUUUUUCGGACAAGGAAGUUAUAUUUUCUACAUUUUAUGGAUAAUUAGAGAGAUAGCUAGAUAUUUAGAUAGAUGGUGAGCGAAUGAGUGACAGGAGGGAAGAAAGACAAUGAGAAACACGAGCUUUAUUCACUUUUAACUAAAUUUUCGUAUUCUUCUGCUUCUUUUUCCUCUUCUACUUCUUCUUCUUCUUCUUCUUCUUCUUCUUCUUCUUCUUCU